AUGCAGCUUCCCGUGAACUGCAAUGUCCGAUAUUAUAGUAACAUUAAGUCAGAGGGCGCCCGGGCUCAAAGUACAAGUGCUGCAGGAGCAUUGAACUGGAAGACUCUUGCUGUUUUUACUGCAACUGGCGCUGGCUUGCUCUAUUACUUCCGUGAAGAAAAGAAGCGCGUCGAAGCUGCUCGAGCUAAGGAGGCACGACUUGCUAGGGAAAACACUACAUACGGGAAACCAAAGAUCGGUGGACCCUUCUCAUUGAUUGAUCAGAAUGGAGUCCUUACCACAAACGAAGAUUUCAAGGGACGUUAUAUGCUCAUCUACUUUGGCUUCACAAACUGCCCUGACAUCUGCCCGGAGGAGCUCGAUAAGAUGGCAGAAGUCUUGGAUACUGUCAACUCUGACCCAAAGAUCGGCAAUGUGAUUACUCCCAUCUUCAUCACCUGCGACCCUCAGCGUGAUACAGUCUCGGAGGUAAAGAAUUAUGUCAAGGAAUUCCAUAAAGAUUUGAUUGGAUUGACUGGAUCAAUGGAGGAAAUCGCCAAGGUGGCAAAGGCAUAUCGUGUUUAUUUCUCUAAGCCUCCCAAGGUAGCAGAAGGUGAAGAUUAUUUGGUGGAUCAUUCUAUCUUCUUCUACUUGAUGUCACCAGAGGGUGAGUUUGUGGACUGUUAUGCAAAGGAUCACACAGCGGAACACGUUUCUGAAAGUGUGAAGAAUCAUAUCCAAGAUUACAUCAACAAAGGUGGUAAAGUCUCCAAGGAACUUGCUUCACGUCGAUCGCAGUCGUCAUCUUGA